AUGAAGUGUGUCCUGUUAAUCUUGCUGAUGGUGACUGGUGUUGUUCCAUUCGUUAGCGAUGACAUGGAAGACUUACAUCAUCUUUUCUACUUAUUAUACCUGAAUUCUAGUUACGAGCCCUGCGUGGGGACUCUGAUCGCCCCUCAGUGGGUGCUGACUGCGGCACACUGCUUCUUACCAGAUCUCCAGAUCAUCUUUCGUGGUGGUUCUCAAAGUUUUCGAGACUUUUGGGGGGAGAUUCUACCUUAUGAGAAGAUCUUUAUUCAUCCAAACUUUACUGUCACUUCUUCUAAAAGUGACCUUAUGCUGAUAAAGUUGUCUGCACCCCUCACCUUCUCCCCCAAGAGUUUUCAGUUGCCGACUCUCAUGAAGAAUGAAGUUAAAGACUGCUUGAUCUACACCUGGUUAAAGAAUAAAGAAUUUUUUGGACAUCAAGGCAAUGAACUGCACAGUAUGGAGAUUGAAUUGAACUCUGAUAUAAAAUGCAAAAAAUUACUGCGCGAAAAAUUCCUUGAAGACAUGUUCUGUAUAGAACGCAUGCUAGGAAGCAAACACCCAGCUAUACUGUGCCUUGGUGUGGAUCUCUAUGAGUUUAUCCUACUUAAAGCGAAAGUGACAUUAAUGGGGAACACGGUCAUCAUCGUGAUGGUCUGUGUUGACAAACGUCUGCAGUCCCCCAGGUACUUCUUCCUUGGUCAUCUCUCCGCCUUGGAGAUCCCGAUCACAUCCAUUUUUGUCCCCAUCACACUGGAGCCAGGACAAGGGAAGGAAAACUUAAGGAGUACUUGA